GAGACAUAAUGUGAUUGGAUCUACCAUUUUGUUGAUCACAUUCUAUGCGCUGAAGUCACAUGUUCGCAUUAAGCGAACUCCCUUUGUGUUUAACUUAUAGUUAACUUUACUUGUGUAGAUUUUUAAUAAGUAUUUUUUAUUCUUUAAAUAGUUAGCGUAACAUAUUGUUGAAAUAGUUCACCUCCAGUUUUUCGUCUAGUAUUCAUUAUGAACGCAGAAAAAUUGAAAAAACUAAGUGACCAAGUGAGAAUAGGCGGUAAAGGUACUCCUCGAAGAAAGAAGAAGGUUGUUCAUACGACAGCAGCUACAGACGACAAAAAACUACAAAGUACAUUAAAGAAAUUAGCUGUGAACACAAUACCUGGUAUUGAGGAAGUUAACAUGAUAAAAGACGAUGGGACUGUGAUACAUUUUAAUAACCCUAAAGCACAGGCUUCUCUUGCUGCUAAUACAUUUGCUAUUACUGGACAUGGUGAUACAAAAUCAAUGUCUGAAUUACUUCCUGGUAUAUUAAAUCAAUUGGGACAUGAAGAAAUUGGCCAGUUGAAACGUUAUGCUAGUGGAUUUGCCAGUAACAAUCUUAUUGGAAAGUCAUUAAUAGAAGAUGAUGAUGAAGUGCCAGAUCUGGUUGGUAAUUUUGAUGAUGCUAGUAAAGAAGAAGUUGAAGCUAAGAGCUCAUCAGAUGACAAAAACGACAAUGUAGAUAAAGCACCUGCAGAAAUUGCAGAGGGCUCUAAGAAAGAUUAAAUAUCGAACUACUGGCUAUUUAUCAUAAACCACAAAUUUGGAGGAAACAAUUUAUUUUUCUGUAGUGACCUUAAAUAUAACAAUUUAAUUACAAACUAAAACUGUAGUUUGAUUUAAACUAAAAAUUAAAUUAAAAAAAUGUAAAUUUAAAUUGUACGAUUGAUACUUCAUUCAUCUGUAAAUCAUAUUUAUAUAUUUUAUUUGUAUUGUUCACAUACUUUAUUCAAAGUAUAAAUAUAAAAUAUAUAAUUACUUAAA